CUUGCCUUUCCUUGACUAGCAGACUAAUUUUAGAAGUUCACGAGAGUUUCUCAAAUUUGCCCUCUAAAGAUCUGAUUUUUCACAAGUGUUUUUCUGAAAUUUAGGAUCUUAAGAGACACAGACAGCAUUGGCAUUCAGGGUUUCGUUGUUUUUUCUCUCCUGUCUAGGAGGAGGAGGAGGAGGAGGAGAGAAGAAGAACGGAACUUGUUCGGGCCUUGUCUUUAUAGCAGAGGCUUUUUGUUCCGAUAAUGUUGUUUGGUUUCUGUUUUUUAGAAACAUAACAAGGACAAAGAAAUACUUUUAACUACCAUCUCCUCUGCGUGAGUGCGUGUGUUUUUUGGAGUAAGGAGGAUGAGCUGCUUUUCUUGCAUAAACCCACAUCGAAAGGAUAUUAAGAUCGACAUUGAACACGCCCCAAGAUCUAGUUCUCGAUAUUCAUCUGGGUAUACAGGGGCCGCAGACAAUGGGAAGGGUCAGGGUGCUGAGGAAGGGGCUCGUAGUUUCACAUUUCGUGAGCUUGCAGCAGCAACAAGAAAUUUUAGAGAGAUUAAUUUGAUUGGUGAAGGAGGUUUUGGCAGGGUUUAUAAAGGCAGGUUAGAAACAGGAGAGAUUGUCGCGGUGAAACAACUUAAUCAGGAUGGUCUUCAGGGGCAUCAAGAAUUUAUCGUGGAGGUUCUUAUGCUGAGUCUGUUACACCAUUCCAAUCUUGUUACCUUGAUUGGCUACUGUACUUCUGGUGAUCAGAGGCUAUUGGUUUAUGAGUACAUGCCGAUGGGUAGUUUGGAAGAUCAUCUUUUUGAUCUAGAACCCGAUAAAGAGCCAUUAAGUUGGAGCACUCGGAUGAAGAUUGCUGUUGGUGCUGCUCGGGGACUCGAGUACCUACACUGUAAAGCAGACCCGCCUGUUAUUUAUCGCGACCUGAAAUCUGCAAAUAUCUUGCUGGACAAUGAUUUUAAUCCAAAACUAUCAGAUUUUGGACUUGCAAAAUUGGGACCUGUUGGUGAAAAUACACAUGUUUCAACCAGAGUUAUGGGGACAUAUGGUUACUGUGCCCCAGAGUAUGCCAUGAGUGGCAAGUUGACUGUUAAAUCAGAUAUUUACAGUUUUGGUGUUGUUUUGUUGGAGUUAAUUACUGGGAGAAAGGCUAUAGAUCGUUCAAAGAAGCCAGGGGAGCAGAACUUAGUUGCUUGGUCUCGCCCGUUUUUGAAAGAGCAAAAGAAAUAUUGUCAGUUGGCUGAUCCUCUGUUGGAAGGUUGUUAUCCUCGUCGUUGUUUGAACUAUGCGAUUGCUAUAACUGCAAUGUGCCUCAAUGAGGAAGCCAAUUUUCGCCCUCUUAUUAGUGAUAUACUUGUUGCCCUAGAAUAUUUGGCUUCACAGUCCCGUGUCUCAGAAUCCAGUACUGGUCGAGUACGAGGUACCAAUCCAUCAUUGCCAUAUUCUGACACGAAAGCCGUUACUCGAGAACCAGAUUCUAGGAGCAGAGCUUCCAUUUAAAAUGAAGUGGGACAGAAGCUAAAGCCCCUUUAUUUCUGCACUGUGUCUCAUCGAACUUAGAGGGGAAGCCUGUUACGUUUCAUACCAUGUAUAUGUUCAUCAAUACAGUGCGUAAAUAUGUUUGUUGACAUGUAUGUAUAGACAGACAUCUGGGGUUUGGAGUAGUGAUUUUUUGUUUAUGAAAUCAUGAUAAACUCAUGUUUCCUUUAUGCCA